UUUUCAUCUCUUUUCAAUAGAAGCAGCAAAACAUUACACAUCUAUGCUAAACGAGAAAAUGUUAAGUGCCAUUAUCAGUAAUCAUCAACCGUGAACCAGUUGGUAUCAUACAUUAACCGUAUAUUUCAAUGAGGAAAUCAAAAUAACAAAUUGAACAACAAUCUAUAAACAAACAAAUGGCUUAUAGUCGACGCCAUCUUUCAGUUCAAGGCGCCGAUAUCUCAGAUGUUGCAUCGCGAUUAUUGCACUCUAAGGCCAGAGCGUUGAGUUUGACGGAUGAAUCCAACAAAUACACAACUGAAGCAGCCGACAGAAAUGCAGGCGAUCUCAACGCUAUUUCAAUAGUGGUCAAAUCCAACGAGACGCUAGACGCUGAUUCUACGGCAAUCAAAGCAGCGGAAAAAGUUCAGCCUAAGGGCAAAACGGGCAUCCAGAAGUUGCGGAAUGCAGUGAAAACGAAGAAAGUCCCGAAGCUUUUUGAGCUGUAUCAGCAACUGAGAGCGGAGCAGCAGGUUACGGGGGGCAUAGGUCUGGGCGGGAAAUCUAUUUCGGGGCUGACUCAGUACAGCGGACAGGACAUGGAAUCCGAAGAAGAUGAGAUAGAUGAGUCAGAGGAAGAGGAAAUAGAGUUCCAGCGUCAACAACGUCGCAAACGUGUCAAACUCAUGUUGAUCCAGAGCACACUGGCUCGAAACCUCACAGACGACAAACAACGAGAACUGACAUCUCACAUACUCAAGGCGGGAAGUAGAGGCAGUGGCAAUGACAAACUUCACAACGAGUUCUAUGUUUCCACUCCCGAUAUCGGCGACAACUAUGUCAGUCGAAAGAAAUCACUGGACGCAAUAGUUAGUGAGUUUCUAGAAGGGAGUGCGUUCAAUUUAGAACACACCGCUGGGUUGAUUAGUCAUGAAGACUAUGUCCCGAUGAAGGAGAGAACAGCACUUGGAAGUGGUUUGAGGAAAAAGAAAGUGGCACUCAACGACCGCGCUAAGGAAAUGCACCGUGGCUCCUUUACUGUGACCGAGGAAGACGGCGGGGGGACAGGAGAGGUGAGUGAAGUUCAGCAGGGGUCAGAGUUCGAGGACGAGAGGUCUCUGUUGAAUGACAUGAUGAUCUAUCAUCAGUCGGACUACUACCUCGCGGGCCGCAAGAGACAGUCCAUAUUCAUCGGCAUUUCAGCAGCUGCCAGGUUCUAUAAAAUAGCCAGAUGUGUAGCCAUUCUGUGCGUCUUCUUCCAGUUCCGGUCCAGUGCGCAGACUCCGUCCGCAUUCCGCGGAGUCAGUUUCCUGGCGAGCGCAGACGCCAAGAAACAACAACAGGGAAAACAGAGUGGCAAGGCCAAGGAGAAAGAUGGCGGCAACACUGGCUUCAUGGCUCAGGCAGUCACUGGUCCUGCUGAUUCUCCGAUGGCUUUCAACUCUAGUUUGUUCAAAGCAGGCGAGGAAAUGGGUCUGAAAAAGCGCGCCAGAAUUGUAUUGAGCAAAAUGCCAGAGCAGAGAACGAAGAGCGAGAAGAGUGACACUCUGCGCAUGCUGAAGAGUCACAUCUCGGGUUUCAUAGAGUACCCAGCUAGACUGCAGCACAUGCUAGUGGCAUUCGGAAUCUAUGCUCAAAUUAGUGCAUCCAGGGUCAUCAUAAAGCAGGGACACACAGCUGAGUGGUUCUACCUCAUUCUGAGUGGCACAGUGUCAGUGCAGACCCACCCUGACAACGACAUGAGCACAGUGACGGUGGUUGGCACAUUGGGCAAGGGGGAGACCACUGGGGAGAUGGAGACUCUGAAGGGGGCUAAGAGACAGGCCACGAUGGUGUGCAAAAAACAGGUCGAGGUUGUCGGUCUUACACGAGAAGAUUUCUGCAACAUCUUCAUGUACCGACCUCGCUCAGAUUUGGACUUCACUUAUAUUUCCUUUCUCAAAUCCCUGGAUCUCUUCUCAUGCUGGAGCGGACUAGAACAACUUGCGAAACUUGCCGAACCAGAUUAUGAAAAAUGUUUUGUGAGUUACUUCAAACGUGGAAGAGUUAUUGCCACUGACUACAAGGAGUGCAAUUACAUUUAUGUUCUGCUAUCUGGGAAAUGUUCGGUUAGGAAGAGGUUGCACAUAAACGACGAGGAGGCGCCGGAGAAGGGAGAAAACAUCUGGGAUUUGAUGCCCCUGAACAAGGAUAAUAUUCGAAGGUUCAAAAACGGAGACCUAAAUCUCACAGUCGAAAUGCGCAAUCUCUACACUGGCCAUAGUUAUGGCCUGGAAGGGAUCGUUUACAGAUCUGAGCUAGAAGAGCUAGGAGUCGUGGAAUCCACGAGCGGUGGAUCCAGCGAGGCUUCGCUAAUCUCCGAAUCAUGCGAAUGUGUCAUGAUUGACAAGCAGUUCUUUCUUCAACACUUCAAUGAAAAGUGUAAGAUCAAAAUGCAGUCACGCGUUGAUUUGUACAGUGAGAAGGGAGAACUGGUGGAACGACUGACCGACCAGGAAACUUGGAGAAAAAAUCGAACGAAGAUCAUCAAGAAAACAUUAGCACGAUUGGACGAGAAAAAGAAGUUCAAGACAAUAUAUUGAUUGCUAAAAAAAGCUAGACAUGAUAACAAGUAUGAAUCAUUGUUAUAGCGUUAGCAAAAUGAAAUUCAA